AUGGCACACCAAAACCCUCCCUCUUCAGAUCCAGAAGCUCCUGAAAUCACUCCAACACUUCCAACUAACCCUUCACACACAAGUUCCACUGCCAAAUAUGGACUUCAGAAACUGAAAAACAACUUGAUUUUCCGUUCUAAAUGGGCUGAACUUAAUGGUGCCAUGGGAGACCUUGGCACUUACAUACCCAUAAUCUUGGCUCUCACUCUUGCUAAGGACCUCAACCUUGGCACCACAUUGAUUUUCAAUGGUGUGUACAACAUCUUAACUGGUAUCAUUUAUGGGAUUCCUAUGCCUGUCCAGCCCAUGAAGUCAAUCGCCGCCGCGGCCUUAUCGGACAAAGAAUUCAACCUUCCAGAGAUAAUGACAGCCGGAAUCUUAACCGGCGGCGUGUUGUUCGUUCUUGGGAUCACAGGACUGAUGCAGCUAGUGUACAAGCUAAUUCCUUUAUCUGUUGUGAGAGGAAUUCAACUUGCACAAGGUUUGUCAUUUGCUUUAACUGCUGUUAAAUACGUUAGGAAAGUGCAAGAUCUUCCAAAGUCUAAAGCUUUGGGUCCAAGACCUUGGUUUGGUUUAGAUGGGUUGGUUCUAGCCAUUGUUUGUGCUUGUUUUAUUGUGAUUGUGAAUGGAGCUGGCGAAAAGAAUCGCGGUUGUUGCGGUGCUCCAGAAGAUGGUGGUUUGGAUGGACAAAGGAAUGGUGAAAGAAAAAGUAAGAUGAAUAGAUUGAGAAAGAUUGUGUUUUCACUUCCUUCUGCUUUUUUAGUUUUUGUGUUGGGAAUUGUUUUGGUGUUUAUAAGAAGACAUGAAGUUGUACAUGAAAUUAAAUUUGGACCCUCUUCAAUAGAAGUGAUGAAAUUCACAAAACAAGCAUGGAAGAAAGGUUUUAUCAAGGGUGCAAUUCCACAACUUCCAUUGUCCAUUUUGAAUUCUGUGAUAGCUGUUUGUAAAUUGUCAACAGAUCUUUUUCCGGAAAAGGAAUUUUCAGUUACUUCAAUUUCAGUGACAGUUGGGCUAAUGAAUUUGGUUGGUUCAUGGUUCGGCGCUAUGCCGACUUGUCAUGGUGCCGGUGGAUUAGCAGGACAGUAUAAAUUUGGUGGGAGGAGUGGAGGGUGUGUGGCACUUCUUGGUGUUGCGAAAUUGGUAUUGGGAUUGGUUUUAGGAACAUCUUUGGCGCAUAUAUUGAACAUGUUUCCUGUUGGGAUAUUAGGCGUGUUGCUUUUGUUUGCUGGCAUUGAACUUGCUAUGUGUGCUAGAGAUAUGAAUAGCAAAGAAGAUUCAUUUGUGGCACUUAUCUGUACUGCUGUUUCAUUGGUUGGAUCAAGUGCUGCUCUUGGAUUUUUGGUUGGGAUCAUUGUUUAUGUGAUGCUUAAGCUAAGGAAUUGGAGUAAUGAUAAACCACUUUCUACCAUUUGGAAUCAGAAAAGUCCUAACUAA